AUGAAGUUUGGUAAAUAUUUGGAAGCCAGACAGCUUGAACUGCCCGAGUAUAACAGUCAUUUCAUUGACUAUAAGGCAUUGAAAAAGCUGAUUAAACAAUUAGCUGUCCCGUUAGCACAGACCUCCUCUAAUGAUCAUUUGAGUUUGGAUGAUUUAAAUGAAGAGACCGUUUAUCAGAGAUUGCAAGAGAAUAAAGCAUCUUUUUUUUUCAAAUUGGAGAGAGAACUGGAGAAGGUGAAUUCGCAUUUCCUCGAAAAGGAAUCUGACCUAAAGAUUAUCUGUGACAUAUUGCAAACCAAAUUCGAAUCUUAUAGAGAACGUGGACAGCUGGCGUCAAAGAAAUCUGUCUCCUAUCGGAAUAUUCAUUCAGGGUUAAGAAAAUUUCAAAGAGAUUUGAGCAAUCUAGAACAAUACAUCGAGCUUAACAGGACCGGGUUUGCCAAAGUGCUUAAAAAAUGGGAUAAGAGAUCGCAUUCCCAUCAGAAAGAGUUUUAUCUCGCGACGGUAGUCUCUGUGCAACCGAUUUUUACAAGCAAUGAAGCAUCGAAGUUGAAUGACUUGACAACUGCUCUACUGGUGCAAUUGGAUGAUAUUAGUAAAGAAGACGUUAUGGGCUACUAUGCCUCAGAUAUGACAAGAAACAAUUCAAAUGCUGCAAACAAGUUCGCACCAUCUUCUUCAACCACGUCCUUAUCUCAAACCAACCUCUCAGCUCCAAAAUCAGAGGCGGCACUCGACAUCGACAUAGAGAUUGAGAAAUGGUACAUGGAGAUAGUCAAUAUCUCCAAACUGAAAGAUGAUCACAGAAAAUACUCUUUGCUAAAGGAGUUUUAUUUGACAAAAAUCAAAAGUGCUAUAGAUGAUGCAAUCCCACAGAGCAGAAUUGAUAAAAGUGUGAUUCUGAACGACUAUCUGACAAAACUUUUCCUUCUACUGGUUGGAAAUAGUGCGGUUGAUGAUAUUUCACUUCAUGUCUUUUAUACAAGCACAAGAAAUAAUGUUGAUUUAUCGUACUGUGAUGAAAAUGACCUUGUAUUUUCUAGGAGAAAUGUGUUCCACGAAGCCGCUAAUUGUGCUUCCCAAUCACGCAUCUUCAUUUUGCGCGAAGCACUGCUAAUGAUUACAACAGCUCAUCCAAGCCAAUAUUCUUUCCUAACAAAGGAUAUAUUGAAGAAUCUACUGAACGCUCAAGAUUUGUACCUGCGAACUCCCCUUCAUUACGCCGCUGAGCUAGGAAAAUUAGAAUUUGUCCAAUUGUUAAUAUCUUCCGGGCUCUUAGACUCAGUUGAUGUUCUUGACAAUCAAUCACAUACGCCAUUGGUGCUAGCAAUAAAGGAGAACCAUAUUGAAGUAGUUCGCGAACUAUUGGUUAACGGAAAAGCUGCUGCUUUCCCCCAAAACCAUGAAUCUUCGAAACCACAGUUUCUUCCUCUGAUCAUUGCGUGUUACCAUAACAACUACGAGGCUGCUGAUUUGAUCCUGCAGCAGGGUGAUGCAAGUGUUACUGACAUCUACGACGCAGAAGGACUUGGUACAUUACACAUUGUUGCCAAAGAAGGGGGCGAUGCACAAUUGAUAGACUUGCUGAUAAAACAUGGGGCCGACCCUGACGAAGUAGACAAUUUUAAUGAGUGGACUCCUAUCUUCUACGCUGUACAAGAGGGUCACGCAGAUACAGUCAGAGAACUAUUAAAAUAUGGAGCUAGAUUAGAUAUCACAGAUGAAAAUGGCUUGGGACCUUUAUAUUAUGCCAUCUGGGAGACUCACGUUGAUGUAAUCAAUGUAAUCAGGGAAAAUUUAAGAACCAUGGACGACAAAGUUCACCAAAGAAUGAAAAAUCCUGUCACGAUAUCAAGGUCAAUGAGCCCUACCAACUCACUACAGGAUAUCCCCGAUUUUGCUUUACCGCCCCCAAUAAUUCCUCUUCGAAAGUAUGGUCACAAUUUCCUGGAGAAAAAGAUAUUUGUGAAGCUUGUCAUGAAGCCCGGAAAUGCAUCAAUUCAGCUACAAAAGGAUGAUGAAAUGAUUCUUUCCUCACCUGGCAGAAUUACUUUAACUUCAAAUUUGGCAGAUAUAGUUCCAAGAAACAUCAUUCUGCCGAUUGCUGAUGAGGAGGAGCGGGAUGUUGUCUUCCAGAUUGAUUCACUCAAAGAAUUUUCCAUUGAUUUUGAAGUUUUCCCAGCUUUUGGUACAAGAAUGAUUGCGAAGACCACGGCAAUGCCAGCGGCUUUCAACUCAAAAAUGGUCAACGGAAUCUCAUCGAUUUCUCUACCGUUAUUCGAUUCUAGGUUGACCAAUGUUGGGACUUUAUCCUUCGACUGCCAGGUAAUUAUGCCCUAUGUUGGUAGAGCACUUGAAGUCACGAAGUAUGAACCAUACUGGAAAUCCACCAUUGGUGCUGACGUCGAUUUGAGUAAGGACGGUCACCAAAUUAUCACUUCUUCAUCGUUAUCUGGUAGUUUUGUGAGUGUCAUUGUGUAUCCACUAAAGGACGGUACCAUUGUUGUAGCCCCGUUGCCAUACGUUACCAUAAACAAUGUCAACAUAUUUCUCAGCGAUUUAACCAAAAACCAAUUAGAAAAUUUAAUUGGUCUCAAGAUUGAAGAAAUCCCACAGAUUGAUGACGAAGUGAGCUUGAAAAAUAUAUUGGCCUCGAAUAUUUUAGCUUUCGAUGUCCUUUUGGAUUCCAUUCCACUAUCUAUUCAAUUGGACAUCCAGGUUUGCUUCCCAACCAUAUUAGAGAUGGAAGCAAUCCCCGUGAACAUCAGUCCUUUUGUCGACAUUAACCAGUUUAUCGAUCAAGUGUUAAACUUCACUUUUGAACACGUCAGAAAGUUGCGUCACUCCGGCCAAACAUUGCGUCCAAUUGUAUUUAGCUCAUGCAAUUGGCAAGCCUGUACCAUCCUUAAUUGGAAACAGCCUAGUUUUCCAGUGCUUCUCCACAUGAAUGAUUUGAGAGUGGUGAAUGAUCGAUUUAUCAGAGAUACACCUCACAACUUGAGAGACUUGGCCGUAGAUCAGAGCAAGAUUACUUUCAACGAUGACCGAUCAAAGUGCUUACAUGAGAUUGUUUCCUUCGUUGCUAACAACAAUCUGCUUGGAAUCAUUUUCCCGUACGAUUUGCUGAUGAUUUGCAGACCAUUAAUAUCAGCCAUUCGUGGUCAUGGAUUGUUACUUAUUGGCUCUUGCCCUACAAGCAACGAUGCAAUACUAAACGACAACAGCAUCAACGGAAUUCUUCAGGGACGUGAACUUAACUUCACUAAAAGUGUUGAAAUGUAA